AUCUCAAAAUAGUAUAAGAAAAUAAAAUUGUUAGCGUGUCAGACUUCAAAAGCAAACAAGCAAAAUACAGUUGCAUGAGCUGAACAGCAGAAACAGUCUUCACCAGCAGCUCACAAAAUGACGACGAAUUGGCGUGAAUUGUUUCCCACAAAAUUGACCUUUAUUAUAUUUCUGCUGUAUAUGUCAUUAUUUAUUGGUCAAGGCAUUUUUGUGACGGCAUCGCAGGACUCGAACAAUUCUUAUAGCUAUAAUACAGUGACAGUGGUGCUGCUGACGGAAGUUUUUAAGUUAAUUGUUUCAACCUGCCUCUAUUGCAAAGACAAGAGUCUUCGGUCGCUGGUACGCGAUGUGCACAAAGACCGCAGUGUAUUGGGGCUCUAUAUGGUGCCAGCGUUCCUCUACUGCUUAUACAAUAAUUUGGCUUUUUUGAAUCUCGCGACAUUUGAUCCGACUACGUAUUACCUUUUGCUCCAAUUACGAGUGGUUGUCACAGGCAUACUCUUCCAAAUCAUAUUCAAGAAGUAUUUAUCACAGCGGCAGUGGAUAUCAUUAAUCCUACUAACCCUGGGCUGCAUGCUAAAGCAGGUGGAUUUGAAUCGGUUCUACAAUGAUGCAAAUGACGAUAGCGAAGCAGUCGCCCUGCAGGGGGUGAGCUCUGUGAAUGCCACGCAAACGAAUUCCAAGGCAAACGGCAAAAAUAUGGCGGGCUUCGACCUUAGCAUAAACGCCAUUUUCAUCCUAGCCCAGACGAUCUGCUCCUGCCUGGCCGGCGUCUACAACGAAUACCUUCUGAAGGACAAGGGCGCAGAUGUCAACAUUUUCGUACAGAAUAUAUUUAUGUACAUGGACUCAAUCGUUUGCAAUGCAUUGAUAUUGCUGUUCAGAGGCGAAUUGCUGGACGCAUUCAGUGCGAAGAACCUGAGCAGCAUUGCGCGAUUCGGUGUGAUGAUUAUUAUUAUCAACAAUGCUGCCAUAGGCAUUGUAACAAGCUUCUUUUUGAAGUACAUGAACUCAAUACUUAAGACAUUUGCCAGCGCCCUGGAGCUGAUGUUUACGGCUGUGCUCUGCUAUUUCCUGUUCGCAAUUCCCAUCUAUAUGAAUACCGCGUUGGCAAUAGCUGUCGUCUCUUAUGCCAUAUACUUGUAUACUCAAAGUCCGGUUGUUAAUCUCGGCAAGGUGCGUCCUUUAUCGAAUUUAAGUGACGCCACCUCUCAAUCAAAGACUAAAGAGAAAGAAGACAGGCGCAAGCUACUGGACGAACAAAUCGACACCGACUUGGAAAUGGAUAUCGUUUAAUUAUAUGUAGAUAUUAAUUUUAAAUUUAAGCCACUGUAUAUAAGUAUUUGUGUUUUUUUU